GACGCCGUUCACUCUGGGGGAGUUGGGGGAGGCAGAGUCAGACGCUCGCUGGAGGGAGCUGGAGCCGGGUGCGAUGACUGGGGCGCCUCUUUGGUUGUUGCCGCUUCCCCCGCCUCCCCGUCGAAAGCUCGACGCUGUAGACUCGCUUUAGAAAGGAGAUCUCUUCACCCCCCCCCCGUCAAUAGGGUUAACAGUCUUCAGGAGUUCCAUGCCCAAGAAAACGAGGGUCCGCUCGCUGCAAAGGCUGUGCCUGGAGAAUGUGGCUGGGCAUAUGCACCAGAUCUGGGUCAAGGCUUACGUGGAAAACCACCCUGAGGAGCACAACUUUCACUCUGUUACGGGGCCCUUCAGUGAGCUGCCUGGUGUUGUUGUUGAGGAACUGCUACAGUUGUUAGGGGAAAGGAAGCGCUUGAGCCGCCCUGUUCUACGCUUGCUCCUUGUGCCGCAGCUGACAGUGCUGAACUUAGGGAGGUGCAAAAGAGUGGUCAACAAGGCCAUCGCCCAGAUCAUCAAGGUGCGCUGCAAGAUUCUGUCCUCGUUGGAUCUCCAAGGCUGCAGCCGGAUUUCUGUAGGUGCCCUGGUUGACCUGAUGAAAGCUUUGCCAUGUCUCACAAAACUGAGCCUCUUGAAGACCCGGUGCAAUGCACAAGUGUUAUCUGCCGUGGGCUCCUGCUGCCAGCGGCUUCGUGAGCUGGAUAUCUCUUUCUGCCACAGGGUGUCCCCGGGUUCCCUCCUCCACCUGGCCUAUGACCAAGCCACAGACUCCCUCUGCUGCCCGGCAUUGCAGGUGCUGAAAGUCCUUGCAGUGAAUUCCAGGCCUCUCAGCCAAGACCUGGUUUGGCCCGUGGUCUUUGUGCUGCUGGCCUUGCCCAGCCUGACAUUCCUGGAGGUUGAUUUUGUCCCAGAGGCUGUAUAUCUGAUUCAUGCACAGCAGUUUGGCAUUGCCCCGCUUGCCCCUGGGUUUCCCUCCCUGGAGGAGCUGGCAAGAUGCAGGAUCCCCACCCACACAGAGGAGGCAAGGAGCUGUAGAGUGAGGCUGGCCCUCAAGCAAAUGCAUCAUGUGACGUUUUCCUUGUUGCCCGUGGCUUGUGCUGUGUGCCCACAGUUGGCAACUGUGUCUGUAUUACUUGGAGGUGGGCCUGCCUUAGUCCAAAGCUUUGUGUCGUGGCGCAGCCUCGCCCAUCUGUCUAUAGACUGUUGCAGUGGCAGGAACCUGACGGAGCUCCUGCCGGUGGUAGCAAGCCUCAAGGCCCAGCUUCAGUCCCUUGCAUUCAGUGGCUUCACUUACGAAGAUGAGCAGUCCUUCUGCACCUUGCUGGGCCACUGCUUGAAUCUCCAGAAAUUCUGGGCUGACCUCCUUCCCCCAGCAAACUGCGCCUCGGAUGGGAAACCAGUAGUUGAGGCCUUGGAGUGGGACAACAGCUCUGCUCCUCAUGAAUUUCCCUACCUUUCUGAUGUGUACCUGGUAUACUCUGACUGGUUUGAUCCCAUAUCUUCUCGGCAAGAGAUGGUAUUUACAGCAAGCCUUGUGUCCCUGCUGAAACAUUCACCAUGCCUGGAAAUCUUGCGUCUCUGCUGCCUGCCUUUCUCCUUGGAUGGGGUGUUUGAGGAGGUGCUGAAACCUCAGGGCACGGCCUUGGUACACCUCCGCAGACUCUCACUGCUCCAAGUCCAAGUGUCCAGCAGCACCAUCCAUCUGCUGUUAUCUGCAGACAAUCAGCUGAGCUUCCUCGAUUUGCACAGCUGCAUGGCCAUCCAUGAGACGGACUACGAUGACUUCCUCAGGAGAGUCAGCAAUGAGGGUUUUGAGCUGACUAUCCUGUGGGAGUGAAAAACUUUCCCCUGCAGCCUAGAAGGGCCGCUCCGUUUGUGCUGGAGCCAAGACACAGCAUUUUAAUAAAGUUUGAUUUACAUAAUA